ACGGCACCGCAGCUGACCGACCGUCGUCCGUGGACGGUAGGGCAAAAAAGAAUACAGAGCAAAACACACACGGCUCGCUCGGCGACGAGUGUGAUAGACCACUGGUGUGCGGAACGGACGAGAGAGAACCUCGUCGCCGCGGUAUCGUCUAGCGAAGCUGCCACCGACGCGCGCGCGAGAACGAAGGAAAAGCCGAAUACCGCGCGGACUCGAGACCACUACUUGUAGUAAUCGUAGUCGUGACGACCCGUCGUAGUCGACGCGCGCGGAAUUCGUGGGAUCGCGUGUGCGUGCGGAUCACAGUGCCAACGGUAGCCAGUGUACAGGCAAAGUGUGCGUCGACGUCGUCGUUGUGCUGCCAACGCCGCCGUCGGUGUUCUCGGAUCCCUCGGCGACAGACGCUGGGAUUUAUCAGGCGCGGCGUCGUCUCCCCUAGGCAGCUUUCGGGGACUCCCUCUCACCACCCUCCAUCGGGGACUUCGUAUUGGGCUCCCGUCGCAGCGCUCAAGAGGAAGAAGGCGCCAAGAGAGGGAGGGGGGCGGAGGAGCACGCGCGGUCGCGCGCGCGCCAAUUAAGAAGAAAUGGACACGGCAAUUACGAGGCCGCGCCGGCGACCGGGGCCACGAGGCGAUUUGGCGCGUUAAAUGACCCCGCGGGGAUCCCGGCGAGGCUCUCGCGAAUCUGGGAUGGCUCCGAGCAGCAGCGAUAACAGGCCUCGCAUCAUCCCUGCCGUGUGAUAGAUUUGAAAUCUAGUGAACCGCGGGCGGGGGAACGACGGUAACCCCCUCGCACGCCGCCGACGAAGUUACCACGGCGAAAUAAUCAUCCGGCGCUAUUGAAUCGCGUCCUCCCGCGCGCGUGUGUGCGUGAGGAGGAGGAGGCGCUUCGGUAGUGGACACACCGCCGGCUUUCGUCGUACAUUGCUCAUUGCAGGGAGGAAGAAAUCUGCUCUCUCCCACUGUAUUCCCGUCCGUACCUUCUCUCUCGUGUACAUUGCCGAAUAUUAUCAGAGAGAGAGAAGGAGAGAGAGAAAGGAUCAACCACUGCCAGAUAAGUGGGAAACGUCGAAUGUCGGCGCCGUCGCGGCAGGGAACGACGCGAUAGAGCGAAGAAGACACACUGCCGACGAUCUCGGAAAUGUGACAGGAGAGAGAUCUCCGAAAUCGCAGGGAGAAAAGAGCAGCGUCGUCGUCGUGGUGAAGCCUGUUAUGGAAUGAACCGAUGCCCGCACAGGGCGUCCACUAGGUGUCCGCGAUCAUCCCCCCCGGCGCGAUGUCGAGCGUCUUCAUGACCUCAAGAAGGAUGCGGCUGCUGCUGCUGGCCGUCGUGCUGCUCUCCCCCAGGUGCACGGCUAGCGGCGACGGCGGGCCCAACAGUCCGAUCUUCAAUCUGGAUCACACGGCGCUGGAGAAGAACCUGGCGGCGAUCUUCAACAAGGUGGCCCACAGCUCCGCGACGACGAAGCGCAGCGUGCCGGCAUACGACGCCCAGGUGUCGGCCAGCACGACCCUGUCGACGGUGCCGUCGCCGUUGACCAGCAGCACCACCCCGGCCGGGCCGUCGUUGCCGGCGAGGUACCCGCCGGCGCCCCGGGCCACCGCCUCCCCCAUCUUCCGCGACCUGCCGUCGUACGCGCCGCCCUCCAGGGCGCUCUUCACGCCGCCGUUGCCGCCCGAGUACCUCCACCCGUUCGCCGACAAGCCGACGCUGCGCGGCACCAACUCGGACGUGCACACGGGCAACCGGAGGCCGAUGCCGCCGCCGAGUCUGACGCCGGCGCACGAGAGGAUUCCCAUGCGACCGCCGGACCUACCUCAGAGUCCUUCGCAGGAGGAGCGGCAGGAAUCGCGCGGGAAGCCGGCGAACGAGAAGGAGCAGAGGCCGCAGGAGUCCGCGGACGGCGACCGCACGAGGAACAACGACACGAACGAGUUCGUCACUCUGCACUACCCGAGCAUCUCGAGGAUCCUGUCCGGCAGCAACGGUAGGAAGCAGGACGUCCCCGACAUACUCCUGAAGCCGUUGGCCACGAAGGGACCGGCGGCCCCCACCACCGAGCAGCGAAGCACUCAGCCGGCGGCCAGCACGACGACGUCGAGGAGCUCCGGCGAGCCGGCGGCGAAGAGCGUCGUCACGCAGCCGACGAUCUUCAAUCUGCCCAACACCGGCCGGCAGGACGACGACGGCUACCACGGUCUCAGGAACGAGAACGGCCUGAAGACCGACAGCAUCGAGAUCGUCGACACGGAGAGGCUGCCGUACCCGCAGGCCCAGCCGCCGGCGCCGACCUCGAAGCGGCCGAACGACGGCGCGAGCGACGGCGACGAGGUGUCGCACGUGGACACGCCGAAUCCCCUCGAGUCCUGGCGCAUCGCCUGGUCCCUGCACGUCUACUUCGCGGCGAUCACCUUCACCCUGAUGGCCCUCUUCUCCAUCUACAAGAUCGUCCGGUUCAACGAGGCGACGAACCUCCUCAGCCAGUCCUACUUCCUCGCCGUGCACCUGCUGCUGACCACCGUCUGCACGCUCCGCUGUUUCCACCUCUUCUACGACGCGUACAACCUCGGCCACUCGCUGCCCGAGCCGUUGUCCAGGGUGCUGAUGUACCUGCCGGCGCCGUUGCUGUCGACCGCCUUCGCCACCCUCGUGCUGUACCUCGCGCGCUACUCCGAAGCGCCCUCGCUCAACAACAGCAUCCUCUCCCCCACCACCCUCGUGCUCUCCUCCACCGUUCACGUGGUGCUCUGCGUCUCCCUGCACGUGUCGACCCACGUGCUCGGCUAUCAGGACGAGGCGCGUAUCUUGCCGCUGGUCUGCCAGUGCAUCUACAUCGUCGUCUGCGUCACCCUGGGCCUCUGCUACGUCUACGUGUACCGCGUGGUGCGUUCGCAGAUCCACGCGGCCAGCAACAAGGCGGCCGGGGCGAACCACAUGAUGGCCGGCGCCGACCCGACCACCGUCGCCCUCAGCACCGCCAUCACCACCACCAUCGCCAUCGCCAUGCUCUUCAUCCUGAUGGGCCUGGUGCAGCUCUACGGGAUAUUCGGCGUGCAGGACCGGCCGCAGCCUUACCCCUGGCUGUGGUGGGGCUGGCAGUUCUCCGUCAGGGUGCUCGAGCUCGCGGUGUGCGGCCUCCUCGCCUGGGUCGCCAGCCUCUCGCAGUACCCGCUGCGCGAGAAGCAGAUGCAACAGCACUCCGCUCACUCCGGUUUCGCGCUCUUCCCCUGCGGCAGCUCCACCUCCACGGAGAACAUGGACGACGUGCUGUACCCGGCGAUCUGCAGCACCAACCAGGCGAUUCAGAAUUACACCAUGCGGACGGGCAAGCAGGUCUACGACGACAGCUUCCCGCUCAACACCCUGCCCGAGCACUUGAACAUAUCAGGUACCUUCGAGAGACAUUCCAUCCGCAAGUCGGGUACGAUGGGCCACUUCCCUCACGAAGGUCGGGGUUCCCUCAGCCGCCACGGCAACGGCAUACAGACGCUGAGGAACUCUGAGACUCGCGGCAGGCACACGCCAGUUCAAGGCUUGCACGAGCAGGCUCCCACCACCGGCUCGACGAUGCUAGUCGCCGAGGAUGGCUUCGUCAGGUUCCGGAGCCUGGGCGCGGAGGAGGACGAGCUGUCCGACACGCAGAGCAUGGUCGGCACUCACGGCAGGGGCAGCUCGCUCGCUGGCAGCGUGCGAUACAACGCGAGGCAUCCCCAGCAGCAUCCCCAUCAGCAACACCAGCACUCGCAUCCGAGUCAGACCCACCAUCAGCUUUACAACAACACGUAAAGGGCUGUGCCAACACGCGCGAUCAAUAGAACGCGCGUCCCUCGUUGACUCUCGACGUAAUUGAUCGUCAUCGGUGAAACACAUAGUAUAUAUCGACACUCGCGGGAUAUCGUCGUCGCCCCUCGCAAACUUCGGUCUAAACUCGAGAAACUCAUUUUAUCUCGUACUCUAUGUAAGAUACGUCCUUGUGUAUAGACACCUAAUUGCCAUUCCCGUUCUACCGCUUUCGCAUCGACGUCCGAGCCAAGCCUCCGCCGUACGACACCUAAAUAAAUAUUUAUUUCGAUCCUCUCGAUAAAAAAGAAGAAGGUGAAGCGAGUAAAACGUAUACGGCGAACUCGUUUUCGGGGUUCCUCUACCUGGUUAUGUGGGUAGUUUCAGGGUAUAACGAAACUUGAUCUUACAUUAGGGCACUUGGUACUUAUUAAGAUUCAUGUGAUUGAAGGAGGCAGGAGGGAAAAAGGGGAGAGCCGAAAGUAAAUAAAGUGUCUCCGUACGCAAAGGAAGUACGUGUAGAAAGAGAGAGAGAGAGAGAGAGAGAGAAACGCUUCCGAUUUUACGUUCGAACUAUUAAAGGUACUAAACACCGAAUACCGCCGGCUGUGGAACGUAUUUGGGUAUUUGGAAACGAGUGGACUUUCGAAUCAGUCCUAAUAAUCUCGCGUGUGCUGUUUGCGGCAGAGGGGAGGAGAGAAAACUGAGGGAAAAUGUUGCUAGUUUAUUCGCCUACCGCGCGACGAUAAUAGACAGAGACAAAGACAGAGCGACUCUCGCGACGAGCGAGAGUCUCGAUAAUCCUAAUGCGCUCGUUGUUUUACGGUGUAGUCUCGAUAUAAGUCGUUGAAGCACUCUCGAGUGAUCACCCGGCCGACCGAUGGUACUUAUUCCCCCUUUCGUUGAGACUUCUCGUGGAUGUGACUUCGUCAUCAUUAUCAUCGCCAUCGUCAGGCAGCUUCACGCGACCGGCAGGAGGGUGUAUAUUUUUUACGAGAAAUCGCGCGCGCGAGGUCCAAACCUUCGAAACCGACGCUGAUAAGUGACGAUGGAACUCUCGGAAGAAGCGACACCGGGACGUAGCUAUGUUCCGAGACUUAUUACGUCAUGUGAUUCUCUGUCAAGCUGAAAGCGCCGUUUGUACAGUCGACGAUAAUUUAUCACUCAGUCCAACUUGGUACGCGCGAUUUAAUUAGCGAUAACUAAGGUUAGGAAUUAAGAAUUUCCGGAUGUUUGCGUUUUAGGUUUUUUAAGCCGUUCAGUUCUUUACGAAUCGCGACUCUCCGGUGUCAAUGAUUUAUUACAUUUUAACGGAAAGAAGGGAGAUGUUUGAAGAGAGGGAGAGUGAGUGAGAGAGAGAGAGAGAGAGAGCAGAAAAACGCGCGCUAUCUACCCGUUGUAGAAUAGAUUGACAUAAGUGCGACUUAACGUCACACCGACACAAACUGGCCAGCAUUUUAACUUUAUUUGUCAGACAGUCUUAAGGUACAAAAUAGUACUUUUUACCUUUCACUUCGUAUAUCGAUAGGUUUAAGCGGUCGCAAUGUAUAUGUUUAUAUAUGAACAUUGUAAAUAAGGUGUACGGGCUCGUCGUGAGUGAAUCUACUGUUACGACGGAAUCCGGGGACUCCGGGUUUUCCGUCCGACGCAUUGGAAUUUACACGCCUCUCGGUUGUAAAAAAAAGGAACGAAAAGAAAAAAAAACGAGAAAGAAAAGGAAGAAAGAAGGGGGGGAACGCGCAAGACUUGUAUUUUAAUUUAUCUCAGAAGCUGUAUUUAUUAAAUGCGAAACACAUUCCACGGCAGGUGAGAGAGAUGAUCAGUGUGAGUGCGAGAUCGAUUUGUGUGUGGGAUUUUAUUGCAAUUAUAUAAAUUCACCUAGGCGCUAAAAACGAACCGAAACAAAUGUAAAUAAAAGCUUUUUUGCGAAAAGUCUCACGUCUGUCUUUCGAGCGCGAGUUUCUUUUUUUUUUCUUCUUUCCAGUCGCGAAGCGUGGUUCUUCUCGCGCAUGCCGAAAACGCCUCGAACGUAUUCCUCGUUUCUUUUUCCUUCUCUCUCUUUUGUACGUUGUUUUAUCUUUCUCUUUUUUUUUUUCUUUAAACGAGAAGUUAAUGUUUUAAAUUAAGACACGCGUCGCGGCGAUCUGAGAUCCCGUCGACGCGCUAGGCAAAAAACGAAACGGAGGAAAGAAAAGAAACGUUUCCGAAUUUAGGUUUUCUAAACAAAUUUUAUAUUGUAAUAUAUAAAUAUA